AGUUAUACAGGCAAAGUAAUGGAGAAAUGGUUGAAUACACAUUGAACCUAUAUAAACACACAGUCACUGCUUUGGUAGUGUUUUAUACUCGUUCAGCUUGACGGAAUUUGAAAACAGAAACAGAAUUCAGUGUAUCGGCUGCAGUCAACGAGAGUUGAGUGAUUUUCGAAUGUGAAGAACUCGUACGGUGUUUUCAGUUUAUUAUCACACAUCGAAAUACACACUCAUGUUAAUACAAGAAAAAAAUAUAAAAAAUUUUUGAGUCUGAGUUACAUUGUUUGUAUACGCGAAUUCAAAAGAGUAUAGUUCCGUAGUUAACAAAAUUAUCAUUCAGUAAAAGAGUGCAUGCAUAUGCAAAUUGCAUUGCAGAUGAGUGGACAUGUAAUGUGUUGUUGCAAAUUUAUUGUGAAAAUUUCAAAAUAAAUGUGUACAAUAUCGGCAUACCUACGUAUUUGUGCAUUUUUAUGUGAACUGUUUGUGCACUAAACGAAACUACUGUAAUCAAUCUCAGUGCUAUGUGUACUUGACGCCAAGUCAAACGACCGAAUAAAGUGUGUGCUACGAAAUAGAGGAGGAAGUUUAAUAUUUUUUUUAAACCAUUAAUUUGAAUAAAAAUCCGUUACAAUUAUCGCGGUACACCCAAUCGCUUUCCUCAUGAUGGAGGAUUCACAAUUGAUGCAAACUGAGCUACCCGGAGCUAUAAUUUCACAUCGACCGCAUUAUCAUCAUCGAUAUGCACCAUAUCCGUUACACAGACCGCACUUACAGCCACUACCACUUUAUCUCCAUCCACCGCCUCGAAUACCAACUCGACCAAAAACACCAAUAUCACCGCCACCACCGGAAGGAAUGCAUAUAAGUCAAUUGUUUCCAGAAAUUAUCACAAUGAUUUUCGAUAAAUUAAGUGUGCGUGACCGUGGACGAGCGGCUCAGGUGUGUACGGCAUGGCGAGACGCUGCUUAUUCGAAAAGUGUGUGGAAAGGUGCUGUAGCUAAAUUGCAUGUACGAAAACCUUGUCCCAAUUUGUACACAUCGUUGGUGAGACGGGGUAUUAGGAAAAUACAAAUACUUUCACUCAAAAAGACAUUCAAAGACAUUGUGCUCGGUGUACCUAAUUUAGAAUCGUUAAAUUUAAGCGGAUGCUACAAUGUUACGGACUCAAAUAUUACUCACACCUUCUCAACGGAAUUCCCGAAUUUAAAAGUAUUGGAUUUAUCGUUGUGCAAACAAAUCACCGAUGGAAGUAUAGGUAGAAUUGCAUCGUUUUUAAAGAGUUUGGAAAUUUUGGAAUUGGGUGGCUGUAGUAAUAUCACCAACACCGGAUUGCUACUAAUUGCCUGGGGAUUGAAGAAACUGAAACGGUUAAAUUUGAGAUCAUGUUGGGCAAUAUCUGAUACUGGUAUAGGACAUUUGGCUGGACUCAGCAAGGAUACAGCUGAAGGGAAUUUGGCAUUGGAGUUCUUGGGACUUCAGGAUUGUCAACGAUUGUCGGACGAAGCUUUAAAACAUAUUGCCCAAGGACUAGCAUCUUUAAAAAGCAUCAAUUUAAGUUUUUGUGUAUCGAUUACGGAUAGCGGAUUAAAGCACCUAGCUCGUAUGCCAUUAUUAGAAGAACUGAAUCUGGGAUCUUGCGAUAAUAUAUCAGAUAUUGGAAUGGCCUAUCUGACUGAAGGUGGCAGUACAAUAUCAUCGCUAGACGUUAGCUUUUGUGAUAAAAUAGGUGAUCAGGCCUUGAACCACAUUUCCCAAGGACUAUUCCACCUGAAAUCACUGAGCCUUAACCAUUGCCAAAUAACCGAUGAGGGAUUAGCUAGAAUUGCCAAAUCGCUACACGAUCUGGAAGUAUUAUACAUUGGUCAAUGCAAUCGGAUCACCGACAAAGGUCUGCUAUCGUUGUCCGAAUAUCUGGUCAAUUUGAAUGCAAUCGAUCUGUACGGAUGUACACAAAUCUCAACGAUAGGCAUCGAAACGAUAAUGAAAUUGCCGGAAUUAUCAAGGAUGAAUCUGGAAUUGUGGCUGGUUAGGUGAUGCGCUUCGAAUUGAACCAAUUUGGAAAUUAGGUCAUUUAUUUGAAAAAAUUGUUUCGUAAUUUUUUAAUUUUUUUUUUGUUUAAAUUGAAUUUGUUUCUAGUAAAAGAGAAAAUAUUAAAGUUUUUAAAUCAACUCGCUAAUCGAUAAAUGUGAUGCAAGUGAUAAAAAAUGAUAAACAAACAAAAGUGCAGAAAAUGUAAAAUAAUUAGGCGAGGAUAAUAAAAUGUGAAAUUGUGAAAGAGGUGAGAAAGAAACGAAAACAGAAAAUAAGAAAUUUAAAAAAGAUGGAAUUUAACGAAAGAAAAACCAUGUUGGAUCUCAAAUUGACAAAAAUAGGUAUAUUUUAAAAUUUAAAAAAGUAAAUAAAUAAAUUGAAAUGAAAAAUAGUAAAAAAAAAAUCGAAAUAAAAAACAAAACUUCCAUACAAAGGUGAUGUUCACUAUUUUUGACCAAAAUUUGUUUCUUUUUUUGAAUUAAAAUUCUUUUUUUCUUUUCUAUUAAAAUUCAAUGUUACAUAGGAUCAACAAAUUUAGUUACGAAAACACACAAAAAGAUAAAAACUAAAACAAAUUUUAGUACAAUAAGGCAUCGUAUGCAAUUAGUUUCAAUCUUUUAUUAAUUGAUGAGUCUCGGACACUCUUAUUAAAGAACUGAACAUUUCAAA